AUGCGCCUGCGCGAGCUCUGCCAGAGGCGCCUGCGCUGUGAGGGCCGACCUGCUGUGCUGCUUCUUGCAUCCCUUGCUUUUGCCUCGGAAGGAGUCCCAGGUUCUGGCCUCUGGAUGUGCCAGCCAGCACCCAGAUGCGGGGACCAGGUCUACAACCCCCUGGAGCAGUGCUGUGAUGACUAUACCGUCCUGCCACUCAACCGGAUCCGCCACUGUGGUCCCCACUGCCCCUACUGGCCCUGCUUCGAACUCUGCUGUCCGGAGUCUUUUGGCCGUCCGAGAUUCGUUGUGAGGCUGAAAGUGCUGGGUGUCAAUUCCCAGUGCCACUCCUCCCCCACCUCCAGGAUCUGUGGCUAG